AGUCCCGCCCCUUCUCCAGUUAACCUGAGUGCUCCUAAGCUUGGCUGCUGGAGUUUUAAGAGCAGGGAGUAGCUGCACGCGCCAAACUUUCCCCCAUGGUUUCGGUGACCAGGACAGUGUUUGGCGAGCUGCCCUCGGGGGGAGGGACAGUGGAGAAGUUCCAGCUGCAGUCAGACCUGCUGAAAGUGGACAUCAUCUCCUGGGGCUGCACCAUCACAGCUCUGGAGGUCAAAGACAGGCAGGGGAAAGCCUCCGACGUGGUUCUCGGCUUCGCCGAGUUGGAAGGGUACCUCCAAAAGCAGCCCUACUUUGGAGCAGUGGUGGGAAGGGUGGCCAACCGAAUUGCCAAAGGAGCAUUCACCUUGGAUGGGAAGGAGUAUCAUCUGGCCAUUAACAAUGGGCCCAACAGUCUGCAUGGAGGACUCAGAGGAUUUGAUAAGGUCCUCUGGACCCCUCAGGUGCUGACAAAUGGCGUCCAGUUCUCCCGUGUCAGUCCAGAUGGUGAGGAAGGCUACCCUGGAGAGUUAAAAGUCUGUGUGACGUACACUCUGGAUGGUGGAGAGCUCGUGGUCAACUACAGAGCACAGUCCAGUCAGACCACACCGGUCAAUCUGACCAACCAUUCUUACUUCAACCUGGCAGGCCAGGGCUCCCCAAAUAUAUAUGACCAUGAAGUCACCAUAGAAGCUGAUGCUUUCUUGCCUGUGGAUGAAACCCUGAUUCCUACAGGAGAUGUUGCUCCAGUGCAAGGAACUGCAUUCGACCUAAGAAAGCCAGUGGAGCUUGGAAAACACCUGCAGGAGUUCCACAUCAAUGGUUUUGACCAUAAUUUCUGUCUGAAGAGAUCUAAAGAAAAGCAUUUUUGUGCGAGGGUGCAUCAUGCUGGAAGCGGGAGAGUUCUAGAAGUAUAUACCACCCAGCCUGGUGUCCAGUUUUACACGGGCAACUUCCUGAAUGGCACAUUGAAGGGCAAGAGUGGAGUGGUCUAUCCUAAACACUCUGGCUUCUGCCUUGAGACCCAGCAUUGGCCUGAUGCAGUCAACCAGCCCCACUUCCCUCCUGUGCUGCUGAGUCCUGGGGAGGAGUACAACCAUACCACCUGGUUCAAGUUUUCUGUGGCUUAAGGAAGAGUGAAGAUACAACCGAGUCCAGGGCCAGGCCAGGGCCACCUCUACAGCCUGUCUCCUGUCCAGAGGCAAAGCAAAGAUUUGGAGGAUUUAAAAGUGAUCAUGUGCAAAUCAUACAAAUGGUAGCUGUCACAAUAAUUGAUCUGAAUAUUGAUUUCCUUUUCCAGUGACUGGCUCUGGGCCAUGUCUCAUGACAAGAUUUAUUCUCUGUUCAGUUCAGAGGGCAAGUGAACCCAACCACCAAUGUCAUCAUCUAAGGCCUGACACUAGCCCAGAAGUGGAGCCCAGGGACUCUUGUGCUAUUGUAGGUUUUCUCUCUCUACCCUUUCUCUCUGUGAUGCUGCUCUCAUUGCUUUUCUGUCUCCUCCUCCCGCUUUACUUCAAAUCACCUCAAUCUUGGGCAGCACUGCAGUUUUCAAGGUCAUAAGAGCUAGUUUACCAGGCCAGCACAUGGAGCCUCUGUGAGGUAGCAGGUGAUUGACAAGUGAGGGAGCUGAAGCACAGAGUUUGAGUGACCCACUGCAAGCUAGUAAAAAGUUUAACAAGGACUUGACUUCAGGUCAUGUAAAUCCAAGUUCCCUUCUUUACCUAUCCCAGUCUGCCAGAGCAUUCCAGGGGGCUCACUGAAGGGUAAAAAGGGGUCUGGUCCCUGUUCUGUUAAGAGCCAGCCUUUCUUCUCAGAUUCAGUUUAUAAGAAAUGGUUCAAAUACCCAUAAAGAAUCCAUCAUUUAGACUCCCUGCCUUUGGUGUUAACAUUUACACUGGAAGCAGAUAUUGUGUUAUGUAGAUGAGGCUGGAGGUUCCUCUUUUCCUGGUAGUCUAAUCAUUAAUGAUGGGUGUGGGCUGAUUUUUAAAGAAAUAUACUUUAUUCUCUUAUUUACUACAAUCAGUUGAAAUAAAAUGCAUCUCCAGAAGACUCCA